AAAUAAUAACUACUAUCUACUGUGUCAUUUAUUUAUAUAUAAUAUAUAUAAAAAUUAUAUGUCGUACGCGUUUCGUUUUCGAAGUCUCCGUAGUUCCGAACACUGCUAUGCAUUGUAGUUUGUAGACACAACCGUGGCCGUUCGAAUACUCUGAAGGUGCUUUUUAAUCUUUGUCGCGGAACGUCGACAUUUCCAGUUGACGUAGUCGAUAGAGCGUUGAAAAAAAUUUCAGAAUAUGGAAGGUGACAAAGUUUCAAUUUUAGAAAAAUUGGUUUCUGCUUUAGAACUGAAAGUAUAUGGUACCAACAAAGAUACAUCAACUUCUCUGCCAAGUGGUAACCUUCUGGAAGAAGUCAAACAAGUUGACAAUAGUAUUGGUAAUGCAUGUAUUGGUCAUCCAUAUGCUACUGCAUUACUCAGUCAUGUAAAGCUUUUGGACAAAUUGAUGGAUCCUUUUUAUGAAGACUAUCAAACUGAAUUAUCUAAACGAGAAGUUAUACUUUCUGCUGAAGCUGAAAUAGUUAAAUAUGCUCAACAACUCCAACAGCUUAAUGAAAAAUGGCCUGCUCUAAAUGAUAAGUAUUAUAGCGAAAUAGACAAGCAUACUGAAGAAAUUGAAAGAUUGGUUGAGAACGAACGAAAACAACAUGAAUUAAUUAAAAAACAAACUGAACAUAUAAAUACAUUAUUAUUCAGGUAUGAACAGGUUAUGUUAAAAUUUUCAGUGGCAUUUGAUGCGUUAGAGAAAGAAAUUACAGUAUUAGAAUAUAAAACUUCUAAAAAACCAGAAGAAGAUAGCGAGGAUGAUAAAUAAUUCAAAUACUUGUAUACAUUAUUUACAUCAACGAUAUAAUUAUUUAUUUUCAGUAACAUAA